AGAGGACGGAGAGAGGGAGAGAAAAAGCCUGAAGAAAGGGGAGAGCAGGAGACAGACGACAAGAGUCGACGGCUGAAACACAAUCAACACCCAGCAAGACAAAAUGCCCAAUUUUGCAGGCAACUGGAAAAUGAAAAGCAGCGAGAAUUUCGAUGAGUUGCUCAAAGCUCUGGGUGUGAAUGCCAUGCUCAGGAAGGUCGCAGGGGCGGCUGCUUCCAAGCCUCACGUGGAGAUCAAGCAGAACGACGAGCACUUCUACAUCAAGACUUCCACCACAGUCCGCACCACCGAGGUCAACUUCCUCAUCGGUGAGGAGUUCAAUGAGGAGACGGUGGACGGCAGAAAGUGUAAGAGUCUGGCCACUUGGGAGACGGAGAACAAGAUUUACUGCAAACAGACUCUACUGAGCGGGAACGGUCCGAAAACCUUCUGGAGCCGAGAACUCAGAGGAGACGAACUCAUACUGACCUUUGGAGCCGAUGAUGUGGUGUGCACACGGAUCUACGUACGAGCAUAGCAGAAGUCGUCCAUGUGUUUCCAAAAUCCAAUGAAAUGCUCUCAUUUAUACAGCAACGUAUCUCAAAACAGCUGCUUUAGAAACUUAUUGUUUUUUGCAUCUUCAUAAAUCACAAUUUCAGAGCUGCAUAUAACUGUUCUGUUCCCUCUUUUUGUAUAUAAUUUUUCUAGCAUUGGAAAUUAAACAAUCAAAGUAUGAUUUCUUCUUGUUAUAUUGUUUAACUCAUGCUCCAUCUGCAUCUGGGUGUAAAAGACAUAAAAGAAGAGAGGUGGAACACAAAAUUAAUGUUACAGAUACUGUGAACUUAUAUUCAGUGUGGAUGGUUGAGCAUUAAUGGCUAUUUUGUUUUAAAGUGGCCAUAAAUCGUACAAAAACAAAGGCAGAAAUGAAAAAAGGAAAAAGGUUUCUGUCUAUUCAAAGGAUAGUUUAAUGCCAAACACCAUACUAACACUCAUGUACAACAUCAUAAAAGUCAAGAGAAGAGACACAUUUAAAACAAGGUACAAACGAUGUCUUUUAUGUACAAUCAGCUCUCCGGGACUUCCUGUGGUAUUCCAUAUUAAACAUAGUGAAUAUAAAAAUAAAAACCCAAGAUUGUCUGUAGCUGGUUAUGUAACUGACUGUCGCCUUUUAGAAUGUCCCUGGAAAAUGUUGACCGAUAAAAAUGUUUUGUUGCCGAUGUGCACGUCCACAUAUCAAAAUCUUUUGGUGUUUGCUCGCAUUAUGAUCCAUUCAUGUAAAUGUAUAGGUGGUGUAAUUGCUUUCCUAAAAGUUAAAUGUGUCUUAUGUCGAUUCCCCCUUGUGUUCACACACUUGACAAGCUUUAGUGUGAUAUAGAUAUUCAACAUUUACCCACAAUAUCUACAGAGCUAAUUCCACUUUUUAAAUAAACAAACUGCAGAGGGGAAAGGCAAUAAAAAAAAAAAAAAAUCCUUAGUUUACAUCCCUCUUUUAAGGGAAUUUAACAUUCACAUUUGUAUUUCAGCGAGAAAUACAAACAGAUAGCUUUGAUUAACUGCAAUCGAAGGAAUUAUUGCUCACUUGUUGUCUUGAUCCUAAAACUGUACACAACUCACACAAGUCUGACAUUCACGUAUAGACCCCACUAUACAUCUGUCAGUGUUUGUCAUCAACACUGUGCAUAAAAAAUUAACGCAAAUUAAUGUACAGUUUUUAUAGGUGAUGCGCUGUGAGACCACCACAUCUGUCGAACAGAUCCUAACCAUUUGGUUAAGUUUUACAUACAAGAAAAAAAAGUUGUACUGUAGAGUCAGUACUUCAAAAGAAAAACUGACAUUUAAUGUUACUUUCAAAAGCAUAAAUUGCUGCCGGGCUACAUUCAAUCAUGUUAACACCACGAGAGAUACUGAUACUGAAGACUGAAGGUUGAAAAGCGCAGGGAGGGUAGACGGCUCUGUUUCGAAAAACGUACAAACGGGUGAUUUUUUUCUACUAAAUGAAGACUUGAGGGGAAAACAUGUUCAACAGACCACAAACGAAAAAGGUCUCUAACACCCUUUGGUAAUAAACAGUUAAAAUUUUGCAUUUUCUUAAUAAAUGUCUCUGCAACCUCUAGCUAAAUAUCGAUACUAUGUGUGUUAAUGUAUGCUACACAUCGAUGACAUCUGAUUUAAAAAAAAAAUCUAGAUAUAAACAACAUAUUUACACAAAGUGUUUGGGCAGUCAUAACUUAUUGUACUUGAUACACUCUGCUGACAUUGUACUGAUGUCAAGCAUCUUCCCAGCAGUUGCCAGAGAUGUUGAAUAUACAGUGCAGUAUUGCACCUUUACCUUCAAAAAAAAAAAAAAAAAAAAACAUUCACAGGCUAUACAAUUUUACAGCUGGAAGCCAGAUUAAGCUCCAAGUCAGAGUAUGCACAUUUUCACAGAGGUAACAGGUACAAGUUCUUGCUACCUAAAAAAAACUGAGGUUGUUUGUUUUUAUUUCCUGUGGUGUGAUGAAGUGGUCCUCUGAAAAACAGCCAAAUAAUUGUUAUAUGAAAUGUUUAACCAGAUGUUUUGUUCAAACUGUGAAUUAUUCCAGAGAGGAAAUACAGCAGGGAGUGCUUUUAUUUUGUAUCAUCAAUUAAUAAUAUAAAAAUCUGCUUUAAACAAUUUCUUUUGGAGUUACUAAACCAGGUGGUUUUUUUUUUUUUUUUUUUUUUACAAUCUACUGACAGCAAUACCUGCAAAACUAUUAUUUCACAGACAUUGCAGAGUAAGCUUAAAAGUUAGCGCAAAGUUCCUGAAACGGUUUCGCCCGCAUUUGCAAAACAGGGAAACAAAAACUUUAAAUUUGACAUGAACCCUGGACUGAUAACCACACAACAUUUGGCAACUGAAUCCAGUAACGGCAGGUGUGAAAAAUCCACAUGAAGCUGCUUUUAUAUUAAAAGUCA